GUUAGAUAAUGAUAUCAUAGUAAGUACAUAAAUAGCAACUCUAAUUUUAAUAGCAACCAAUCACUCCCACAUUACAUUUGAAGGGAAUCUUAUAAGAGUUACCUAGAGAAACUCUUUUCUAAAAGUACAUGAGAAGUAGACUUAAUAAGAAAUAGAAUCAUAAUCUGAAUAAAUCACCUGAAUUACUACCAUUGUAGCCUAAAAACAUUAUAAACUAAACUGCUUAUGUCAUUAAGAAUAAGUAAUGCUCACUCAAAAACAGAUUUAAGAAAUAUGUGACUGAGGUAGACAGCAUAAGUACAACAAAGACAGUUUAGAGAAGAAAUCCAUUCAUCAAAAAAAAAAAAAGUGAAAAUUGGAAUGAUAUAGAUGGAUGGAAUGUUAUUGAUGAAACCAUUUUAUAAUGA